UGAUUCCUAUUGGGCUGGCACAGUGGCACACCACCUCACCUCUGCAGCUAUCGUCCAGUUUUAUAGCAAGCCGAUAUGGUCGGGGUUUGGUGGCUGGUUGGUUAACUAAGGAAAUAUGUUUCAACUUGAGUAGCUAAUUAGCUAGAUAAUAUACUCACACCUCGGGGUAAUCGCCUAGAAAGUAGUCCAAACGUUGACGCGACAGCCAGUGCAUGCUAAACAAUAGGGUAUUUAACGGGUUAGCACGAUUUAGCUAAUGUUUCUUUACGCCUAGUGAGCUAGCUAACAGUAGCUAAGCCUCUUUCCAGAGACGGUGCAUUGAUGUUUAUUGUAGCUAACUAGCUACGACAGUGCGUCACCAUUCAAGAUGGACACCGCAGAGGAAGCGGACAUAUGCAGAGUGUGUCGUUCAGAGGGAACUCCGGAUAAGCCCCUCUAUCACCCCUGUGUCUGCACUGGCAGUAUAAAAUUCAUCCACCAAGAAUGCUUGGUUCAGUGGCUGAAGCACAGUAGGAAAGAAUACUGUGAAUUAUGCAAGCACAGGUUUGCGUUCACGCCAAUCUACUCUCCAGACAUGCCUUCGCGGCUCCCGGUCCAGGACAUUUUCGCAGGGCUGGUGACCAGCAUCGGCACGGCCAUCCGAUACUGGUUUCACUACACGCUGGUGGCCUUCGCCUGGCUGGGAGUGGUUCCUCUCACUGCCUGUCGCAUCUAUAAGUGUCUGUUUACUGGCUCCGUGAGCUCUCUCCUAACUCUGCCACUGGACAUGCUGUCUACAGAGAACCUGCUGGCGGACUGCCUGCAGGGCUGUUUCGUGGUCACCUGCACCCUGUGCGCUUUCAUCAGCCUGGUGUGGCUGCGGGAGCAGAUCGUCCACGGCGGCGCCCCCCUGUGGCUGGAGCAGAACCCGCAGCAGCCCGCCAACGCCGCUGGCCAGCCCAACGAGGUCCCCGGUGCUGGGGUCGGGGACGGGGAGCAGCAGCCGGCCCCGCCUCCCGCCGACCCCCCGGCGGAGAACGCGGCGGCCGAGGCCCCCGACCUCCCACCGGACCCCGCCGACGACGUGGAGGCGGACAACGAGGAAGAGGAAGAUGCCGCCGCCGAAGACGCUGCGGAGGAGAACAAUGGUGGUCAAGAUGACAUGAACUGGAAUGCACUGGAAUGGGAUCGCGCUGCAGAGGAGCUCACCUGGGAGAGGAUGCUUGGACUCGAUGGCUCCUUGGUGUUCCUGGAGCACGUGUUCUGGGUGGUCUCGCUGAAUACACUCUUUAUUCUGGUGUUCGCUUUCUGUCCCUAUCAUAUUGGACACUUCUCUGUAGUGGGCCUUGGCUUUGAAGAAUAUGUCCUAGCCUCACAUUUUGAGGGCCUGAUCACGACCAUUGUGGGCUACAUCCUCUUAGCCCUCACACUCAUCUUGUGUCACGGCUUGGCCGCAUUGCUGAGGUUCCAGAGGUCCCGCCGGUUAUUAGGAGUCUGCUACAUUGUUGUGAAGGUUUCCUUACUGGUUGUCGUAGAGAUAGGAGUCUUCCCCCUCAUCUGUGGCUGGUGGCUUGACAUAUGCUCCCUGGAGAUGUUCGACGCCUCUCUGAAAGACAGAGAGCUUAGCUUCCAGUCGGCGCCGGGCACUACCAUGUUCCUGCACUGGCUCGUGGGAAUGGUCUAUGUCUUCUACUUCGCUUCCUUUAUACUCCUGCUUCGGGAGGUCCUCAGACCCGGAGUGCUGUGGUUUCUAAGAAACCUGAACGAUCCCGAUUUUAAUCCAGUCCAGGAAAUGAUCCACCUGCCAAUAUACAGACACUUGAGACGAUUCAUUUUGUCAGUGGUGGUUUUUGGGUCUAUUGUGCUUCUGAUGCUGUGGCUUCCCAUUAGAAUAAUCAAGCUGAUUUUGCCCAGCUUCCUUCCUUACAACGUCAUGCUGUACAGCGACGCUCCAGUGAGCGAGCUGUCCCUGGAGCUGCUGCUGCUGCAGGUGGUGCUGCCGGCCCUCCUGGAGCAGGGGCACACACGCCAGUGGCUGAAGGGCCUGGUGCGGGCCUGGACCGUGUCUGCUGGCUACCUGCUAGAUCUGCACUCCUACCUUCUGGGAGACCAGGAGGAGGGGGACAACAAUGGCAAUCAGGCAGCCAAUAACAACGCCCAGGCCCGCAACAACAACAACGCCCUCCCUGUGGCGGGGGAGGGGCUUCACGCUGCCCAUCAGGCCAUCCUGCAGCAAGGCGGGCCAGUGGGCUUCCAGCCCUACCACCGGCCAAUGAGGUUCCCUUUUCGGAUCAUGCUGCUGAUAGUGUUCAUGUGCGUGACCCUGCUGGUGGCCAGCCUGGUGUGCCUGACCUUGCCGGUGUUCUCUGGCCGCUGGCUGAUGUCCUUCUGGACGGGCAGCGCUAAGAUCCACGAGCUGUACACAGCGGCGUGUGGGCUGUACAUGUGCUGGCUGUCCAUCCGCGCCAUCACCGUGCUGCUGGCCUGGAUGCCGCAGGGCCGCCGGGUCAUCCUGCUCAAGGUCCAGGAGUGGACGCUCAUGGUUCCUGUCCCUGUUCCGGGGAAUUUCCUGUUAUUGUGGAUCGUGAAGACGCUGAUCGUGGCGGUGAUGCUGGCCGGUCUGAUCCCGCUCCUUCUGGGCCUGCUCUUUGACCUGGUCAUAGUGGCUCCUCUGCGGGUCCCCCUGGACCAGACACCCCUCUUUUACCCCUGGCAGGACUGGGCUCUGGGAGUUCUCCACGCCAAAAUAAUCGCUGCCAUCACCCUCAUGGGCCCUCAGUGGUGGCUGAAGACCGUCAUUGAGCAGGUGUACGCCAACGGGAUCCGCAACAUCGACCUGCAUUUCAUAAUCCGCAAGCUGGCGGCCCCGGUGAUGGCCGUGCUGCUGCUGUCCCUCUGCGUGCCCUAUGUCAUCGCCGCAGGCAUCGUGCCCCUCAUGGGCGUUACCAUGGAGAUGCAGAACCUGGUGCAGCGGCGGAUCUACCCCUUCCUCCUGAUGGUGGUGGUGCUCAUGGGAAUCCUCUCCUUCCAGCUCCGACAGUUCAAGCGCCUCUACGAGCACAUCAAGAACGACAAGUACCUGGUCGGGCAGAGACUUGUGAACUACGAGCGCAAGACGGGCAAAUCCAGCCCCGCACCCCCGCCCAGCUCCCCUUGAGCGAAGUGCCCGCUUCUCCUCCGGGGAUCACUCCCUGGCUGGCCCCAUCCCACACCCAAACUCGCUGCCCCUUCCUCUCUGUGGCCCUCCCUUCACCCUGCUUUAAACAAUGCCCCCCACAGGUGUACAUGUGUAAAUAUGCGAAACUGAAAUUACACUUAAAAAAAACAAACAAAAAAAACUUUGAUUAAAAGAAUGUGAAUUGUAUAUCUUUAAAAUGGAAGAAAAUGUAAAUUAAUUUAUUAAAUUUAGUUGGCACUUUACCAGGGGGAGUCCUGUCUUUUUGCCGAGGGAGACCCUGACACUGAUUGGGUGCAUCCUCAGGGUAAAGUGUCAGCAGUGAAGAGCA